AUGCCGGUGUUCGAAGUGGUGUUUUUCAAAGACAGUCGACAAGUUGUCAGUGCUUCGGGCCAAAUUCCGCGCAUUUGGGACGUAGAGAAAGGGACAUUGGUAGGAACGCCAUUUGAGGGUUGGUUGCGGAUGGGUCCCUACAGGUCUCUCGUCGCUGUAUCACCAGAUGACAGGCGAGUUGCGAGCAGUUCAGGUGAUUAUAUCAUGAUCUGGGACAUCGAUGAGCAGAAAGUACACGAUCCAUUGGAUAACCAUGAAGAUACAGUGACAUCACUGUGCUUCUCCCCGGAUGGCAAGAGACUCGCAAGCGGGUCAUUGGAUGGAACAGUUGUUAUAUGGGAUGUGGAGACUCGUGCUGUUCUCUCAACACUCGUCAAGGGUAAUCUGUCUUCGGUGUUUUGUGUCGCCUUCAGCCCAGAUGGGUCCAAAUUAGCAUCUGCAACAAAGUUCAUUAUCCGGGUUUGGAGCCCCGAUAACGCCGAGCUUCUGUUCGACAUCAACGCUCACAGUGAUUGGAUUGGAAAUAUUGUGUGGUCGCCUGAUAGUCAGCAACUUGUCUCCGCAUCAUAUGACAAAACAAUCAAAUUUUGGGACUUGGCGAAUGGGUUCCAGAUCGGUCAAGCUUGCACUGGUCACAACGACAAAAUAUACUCCCUGGCCAUCUCUUCUGAUGGCUCCUUCAUUGCUACUGCCUCGGAAGAUAAGACUGUGCGCUUGUGGGGCACAAAGUCACACCAGCAGAUAGGACAGGCGCUCGAACACACCAGAUGGGUUUGGUGCGUUGCAAUUUCUCCCAGUGGAGAACUGCUCGCGAGUGGAGAUAAUGAUGGGAAUCUUCAACUCUGGUCCAUCGAGAACACACUUUCCACAGCAUUCGGGAUGGAUCCAUCAUACGACUUCUACUUCGUACACCGCAGUAAAGUAAAGUUGGACAAAAACCUCUAUGCUGAGGCCCUUUCUGACGCGGAAAAGGUCAUUGAGCUCAACCCUUCGUCUCAUCUCGGAUACGAAUUAAAGCAUGCAGCGCUUCUUGGAGCACAGCGCUAUGAUGACGCAUUCAAGGCCUUCACAAUCAUGCUCUCCAAGUUGGAUGAUACACUCGACCCACGGAUACGACAGCUACGCCAGCAAUAUGUCAGUCCAUCUGAAGUAGAAAAUGCUAUCCGACAAGCUAUUCACGCCCAACUGGAAAACGCCCCGCUUCGUCUAAUCAAUACCUCUACCGGACAUUUGUGCAAUCGAGACGUGCAGAUCAACGCAUUCAUUGAAAGCACAGAAUACAAGGAGCUUUUGCAUUCAUCGGUCAUGCAUGGACCCCUCCAGACGGAGCCCAUCAAAGAAGCGGUCGCAAAGUACUUCAGCUGGGUCAUGUUGUCUCAUAGGUGGGAAAGGACGGAGCCGCUGCUGCACGACAUUCAGGGCAGGGAUAUAUAUGACUUGAAUCCCGUCGGAACAGUUGUGAAGUUGCAGAAGUUCUGCAAAGUGGCUCGCGAUGCGGGGCACCGUUGGACGUGGAGCGACACGUGCUGCAUCGACCAGAACAACAAUGUUGAGGUCCAGCAAUCAGUCAACUCCAUGUUCGUAUGGUAUCACCACUCAGCGCUCACCAUCGUCUACCUAUCGGAUGUCCCUCCUUCAUCAGAGCCUGGCGCGCUCGCAAGCAGCACUUGGAACACGCGAGGAUGGACUGUCCAGGAGUUCCUCGCCCCUAAAAUUGUCCUCUUCUACCAAGCAGAUUGGAGCCCAUAUCUCGACGACUACUCACGCAACCACAAGGAGUCUGUCAGCAUCAUGCAGGAGUUGGAAGAUGCAACAGGCAUAAAUGCGUCGGCACUUGUUGACUUUCAUCCGGGUACAAGAGAUGCCCGAGAGAGACUCCGAUGGGCGUCAACGCGUGUAACUACUUUGCAGGAAGACAUCGCGUAUUCGCUGUUUGGGAUCUUCGGCAUUCACCUCCCUGUAAUUUAUGGAGAAAAAAGACAGAACGCGCUCGGACGACUUCUACAGGAGAUCAUAGCCCAUUCGGGAGACAUCACGGCCUUGGACUGGGCGGGACAAUCGUCGAACUUCAACAGUUGCCUGCCAGCCGACAUUUCCUCAUACAAGGCUCUGUCAUGUACACUGCCAUCUCUAUCCGAGGACGAGAUGCAGAAUUCGGUCUCCACAUUACGAAAUAAUAUUUUGGCUGUUGACUCGGCUUCGAGACUGUAUACCACUCUUGAGAACCUCAGCGUUCCUCGUUUCGCAAACGCGAGAUUGCAAUUGCCUUGCAUCGUAUUUCCUCUCACAGAAGUCAAGCGGAGGCCUGGUCAGGCCGGGGAUACAGGUUUCAUUUAUGAUGUCAAGGCAGACGGACUACAAGACCUGCUGGUCACAACAAAAGAUAGACUUGUUCAAUUCUCCCCUACAAGGCGUACUCGGCAGACAUUUCUGCUCAUCCGCCCAUGGAAUCGUUAUGACCUCGGGUUGGUCGACUUUACAGACGAAUCGCAGAGUGUGGAUGAUUGGCUUGAUGAACCUGAAGAUGAUGAGCUGGUCACGAGAAGUUUGAGGUUGCUAGUUCGUCUUGCUCGUCCUUUUGGCGCACUUUUACUGGCGCAGCAGUGGGGUGGGGAGUACAAGAGAAUCGCUUCGGAUAACAACAUCAUCGCACAGGCUAGGGACAUGGCUUCUGUCAAUGACAUGAUGGACGUCAGAAUGCUGGAGAUAUUAUAG